ACAACUUACGGGCAUUGAUACUUCUCUAUCCCUUGCACUCGCUAAUCACCAUUCGCUCUUAUCUCGACUUACACUCGCUCCCGAACUCUCGUUUUUGAUCGCUAUUGCAACUCGAGCUUUCCAGUAGUAAUAAAGUAGGAAAUAUUGUUACGAGGCAAGAAUCGAUAUUGUUUUCAUACAAAUAUUUUUAACUACGUUACGAUGCUCUCUUCCCUGGUUCUGGCGCUUUCUGGCGCUACUCUAUCCUACGCGAUACCGACAAUCGAGGCAGUCGGCAACAAGUUCUUCACGAGCGAUGGCGACCAAUUCUUCAUAAAAGGAGUUGCUUACCAACUUACUGAGAAGGACCCGUUGGUUGAUACUGAGCAAUGUACUCGAGAUGCAUCGCUUAUGAAGAAAUUGGGUGCCAACACCAUUCGCGUCUACCACGUUGACCCGAAUGAGGAUCAUUCCGGCUGCAUGUCUGCUUUCUCUGACGCUGGCAUUUACACCAUGAUCGACAUGGAUACCUUUGAUACUUAUAUCCUACCGAAUGAUCCGUGGUGGAACCAGACACAAUUCGAUGCCUACUCCAAAGUUAUGGAUACCUUCCACAACUACGAUAACUUGCUAGGCUUAUUCGUUGGAAAUGAGAUCAUUGCUAUUAACAACCAGUCUCUCGCUGCUCCCUUCAUCAAAUCUAGCUGCCGUGAUCUAAAGGCAUACAGAGACUCCAAGGGUUAUCGUAAGAUUCCGAUCGGUUACUCCGCUACCGAUAUCGCGGAACUCCGACCUUGGCUCCAGGACUAUCUUACCUGUGGAGGAAACUCGUCCGAGAACAUUGACUUCUACGGUCUCAACUCGUACCAGUGGUGUGAUCCUACUGAUUACCAGACCUCCGGCUACUCCAACCUACAGGACCAGGCCAAGAACUUCCCCGUCCCCAUUUUCUUCUCUGAGACUGGAUGCAAUAAGCCCGGCCCGCGAUUAUUCGAUGAUCAAGACUCUAUUUUCGGCUCUGAAAUGGUGAAUGACUGGAGUGGAGCCAUCAUCUAUGAGUGGUUAGAAGAAGCCAAUGAUUACGGUCUUAUUUCCUACGGACCAAAGGCCGACCCAACUGCUACCGGCGCCAAUUUGAUUGGAGGUUACACACGUGCUGGUACCCCGACACCUGUCUCACCCGAUUUCGAGAACCUUAGCAAGCACUGGGCGACUCUCACUCCUACUGGAGUUGCCAAGUCCGCCUACGACACUAAAGCGGUUUCGACACGUGCGUGCCCGACAUCAACAGCUAGCGGAUGGCUCGUUGACGGCAACGUCGCUCUCCCCACCUUAGGAGAGACACUGACUCACGGAUAUUCAUCAAUUCCCAGUGCUACGGGCUCAGCCGCUAGCCCUAGCGCCACGGAGACACCAAACUCCGUCUCUGGAUCCCAGGAGAUUGCCGGCAUGGGCGCAGGCCUUGUGGGUGUAAUGAUUGUUUUUACCAUCUUCUUUUGAGUCUACGACAAAUCUUUAGAAUUACAACCUUCCAACCCCGAUGCUUCACUCGUUGGUCUCCUACCCUACUUUAUAGGGCAUCGGAGUCUUUAUGCUGCGCAUUAUUCGUCGAGAA